AUGACCACCAUUGACGUCGUCAUCAUAGUUGUUGCUGCUGCUAUCGUCAUCCUCAGUGUAACAGACUCAGCAACUCCCAUGCAAAUGCCUAGAUCCACAUUUGUCUUUGAUUUUGAAGUGACAACCCGUCAAAUUUGGAAGUACGCGUACCGGAGGCCUGGUUUCGAUUUCCAUAAUGUUUUGUGUCAUGCUUGCUCACAUUAAACGUUAGCAACCAUCGAUCAGAGCAUCCUUCUGAUGGACAGAGUUCUUCUUGGAAUUUAGCUUUAUCGGCGGCACCAUGGAUGACUUUCAAAAUCCGAGAGGCUUCUACAAACUGCACAUAUUGGUAGUCUAAUUAAUAAAUGUUUUCACCAAUAAACACGUCACUCAUCAAUCUCCAACAAUGUCGCUGUGGCACAGGCUAAUAUGUGAAUCAGUCUAUAUCAGCGUAUUGGAGUUUGCUGUCGAUUACGAUGAAACUGAAGAAAGCGAAUAGGUAAGUUACUACACAUGAUCUCAGAGAGCCGAGAAGCCGAGGAGCAGUUCAGAAUAAGAAGAUGCGAUCAUCGGAACUUCUGGUAUAGGAAACAAUACAGGUGCAAUCCAGGUCGAAAUGCGUGUAACUUCUAUUCAGUUUGCUUAUUUCCAAAAGACAGCAUGAGAAACACCACAUGACAUGCUUUGGUAGGCGAGAACGCUGAAAAACACUACCCGAAGGGACUCAAAAGGCUAUUGGAAACGGAGAAUCUAGGCGGGCCUUAAUCGGCCGAGCUCAGCGUACAUACAUAUAGAAGUUAUUGGUCGAACGGCAUCCCGUAAGAGUGAAGACAAGAAAUAUUUAACACCUCAGUUUAUGAUGAACAGCAGAAAUCCAAAACGGACAGUUCAUGAGCAACCAAAUAAGGAAGGUUCUAGUAGAGUGUACAGCAAGUGACGACAAUAUAAGACGAAAAACAAACAUCCGGACAUCCCAAAUGGUAAAUUGAAAAUGUGUCGAAUAUUUUACUAGGCUAAACUUUAGGCGGAAAGGCAAGAUAUACCGUGGUUUCGCGCCGCGAAUGGGCUGACAGGAUUGCAGAAGUAUUGGAUUAGCAAGGUGGAGGAUCACGGCGAUUAUUCCGCAAACAUGCGGAAUAUCCUUACGUGCAGUCUAUGCGUAUGGUCCCAACGUCUGAUUAAGCGUCCAUAUCCACCACACUGAAUUUGAUUUAUCUGCUGUAAGUUCCUUCAUGUAUCCUUAGUCUUAUUCGCCCCCCAUUCUGCCUUAACGGCACCUCACUUUCGUGGACAGUUCCUUAACGUCUUGUCUAAACUGGAAGAACCCAAUUUACGAUGUGCGAAAAGGUCGUAGUACGGAAACUCGCAUUGCUUGUGAUAGGAAUGUGCGCUAUACAUGCACAUCCACCUGGGAUGUGCAUUCGAUGUUGGUGAGCCGCUCAGGGCACACUCACUGAUUGUAAUUGCAUCGAUCAAGUGCCUGUAAAUGCCAUAACUAGCUCUGAAGAUUACACCCAGACCUCAUUGCUCAGUUGCCUAACAGUCAAGGAAACGCUGAUCGUGGGGACGUGUCGGUAGGCUUCGCCCAGUUCGUUCAUCCGCAUUCCGGUGCUCAGGGUGCUCCUAGACCCUUGAUAAGACGGUGCAGCCAAAAGUUAAGAGCAAGACCCUGCGAUGACUGGGCGCACCACCCAUGCGACCAAGCCGUGCAUGUUCACCGACACAACAAAUCUACGUCAGAUUUCUGCUCCAACUUUUGGAACUGGGCAUAUUCAGCUUCCUUUUGUUGACGUCCGGUCAUCUCGUUAUGAUGGACUUUUUCGCCAAGAAGACUGAAAGAGUCUCGGACAAAAUUUUUUCACCAUUGUAAGGGGGCUUUCAUGAUUGUAGAUGCUACCUAACUCACAGCAUGUCCUCCCCCAUGUCUCUCUACCGGACGGAUAGACUUUGGUGUUUCACUUCGACGGAUUAAAACGACGUAGGACACACAUGCCCGCCGCCGCAGAGGAUAUGCCCAUCAUAUCGCAGUCGGGUAGGGCUCCGGCUGCGAGGGCAGGGGUGUGGCGGGCUGCAUUAAAAUGUUUUAUUCAACAAUUCUAUGAACAGAUGUGCACACAGGCGCUCAUGUUGUCCCUUUUACGUCCUAUAGUUCGCACCUUCGAACCGUCACCCUCAUUACUGGUAGAGGCAACCACCUGUGCCCUUUUGAAGCAGUUCGCUUCAUUCUGUAGUGAUUGCGUCGAAGAACUGAUUUCACGGACGCAUGCCAAGUGGUUAAGUAAGCGGUUGUCCAACGUUAGGAUGGUCUUCCGUUAGGACAUAUUUAAAUUACUUCAUAUUUGUGUCAGUUGCUCACAAUCGUUCAGGAGUGAGCAUCCCCAAAGAAAAGUUUGACAAUCUUUUUGGAGACGAACAAAGGGGAACGGCCAGUUUUGAAGGGACUUGCUGAAUAUGACCCCCGUAGCGCCCGAGUACUACAGUACAACGUUUACCUUGUUUAACGUCCGACUAGAAACAAAAGGUCCCAACUAGUCUUCCAACCCCGACGACGGAACUACGUCGUCUCAGCCGUUGGCACCCCUCUUUAUCGCGUCUACGUCGUUAGUCUUUUUCUUAUGCAUGCGCGCGUGUACUUGGGGCAGCUGCGAUUAUGUUUGAUUUAGCCAAUCUCGAUCAGUGCGUGGCAGUCUGUGGUAGCGGGUCUGGAGAACCCGACCUACUUUCUCUUUCAGCGACGGAGGCCGAGUAAAGGGCAGAGAGUCACUGCAUCUUGGCGAACUACAUCUUACCAAGUCUUAAUUUGGCAGACGAGGAAGGACGUGUCCAAACCACCUGAUUUGUCUAUCUUGGACGGCUUCUUCCUCUUUUUCGUUAGUCGUUCCACGAUGAAAUAUAUAUUGUUCAUUGCUGUUCUGUAAUAAUAAUGAUUUUGUCAAUAAGUAUCUUGUUUUCCAUCUGUGCCUGUAUCGGGCGUUGGCGUCAUCGACUCCUGCUAUACUCAACCGACUAUGUAGGUCGCUACAACUUACUACCCUCUGCAACAAAUGAUGGCGAAUGUGGGCCAGGAUGUCUCCUAUGAGUUCGAGGUGGAGUCCUCCGCCGACUGGAUAAAUCAGCAUAAGUUCCUUCGGGUAGGUCCUACUACAAGACUUAAUAAGACGCAAACCAGGUCGGUCUUCAGUUUCCAACCGAUCUUCUCGAAUAUUCUAUUCGUGUGCAUGACGAGUUACGCGCAAGGACAACCGCGUCAAUCGUAAUACUUGGUGACACGCCUUACAGCAGGUACUAGAUACUUGUUUUUGUUAAUCAUGUUUUAUGCCAGUUAGCGACUACCGAUAAACCAUUCCUGCCACCUGAAGUUACCUAGUUGAUGCCUCCUUAUUGGGUGUCUCCGUUUAUUGUAGGCUUCGAAUAUUUUCCCCAAUUGAACCAUGCGCGAAGACGCUCCAGUCGUGACAUACUUUGGAAUGACUUGUGACAACUGUCGGGUAGCGAGCAGUACAUGAAUGCCAGGCACCUUCCGCUGAGUACGUUCAGGGAACGAGCUCAAACACCAUGCAUCACGUUUCUGUGGAAACAUUCUCUUGAUAGAUGACUAGUGGUCGAUGAAUAUUUUUUUUAUCCGAUUCGGGUGGACCCGACCAAGAAUGAAACUCAGAAGCAGACCACGUAAUGCUUAGAAAAGAAAGAGGUAUUCUGUGCGCUUACGAAACCAGUGGACUAGCGCCAGGACACAUUGUCGGUCGCAGCCUUCGCGUUGUAUAUCGCGACGCAGCAUUCAUUUAUGCCACUGAUCAUGAUGCACGAGACGACAUGGCUCUCCACCUCGCUUGAGACUUGGACAUUGCAGGUUCACCCCCUGGCAACUGGACUACGUAGGACUACGUUUAGACGGCGAUUGGAACACGCGUUUUUCGUUUAAUCGCCGGUUGUUGUCUGUGCGAGAGGGGACAAUAAGCUUGCAUGUAUACCAUCUCUGUUUGCAAGUGGUUCAAGCUAUUAUUUUUCCCACAUUGUCCACCAGAGAUCCGUCAUUGUGCGUGAGUGCUAUGACCUACAUGCUGGUGGGAAAGAAAAGAGCGACGAGGGACUAGCUGUAUUGCUGCCCCUGUAGGUUGCCGACAGACACUGUGCUUAGGAUGUGGUGGUAAAAUUUGUGGCGAAUUUGAUGUCUUGUUGUGAUGCUAAUUCCGAGUUGGGAACUGUUAGAGUGGACGGUGUCAUGGGAUUGGGUGUUGUGUUUAGUAGCGCGAUGUUCGUGCCUAAGGCACGGUCCCCACUUGCUAGCAGGGAGACGAUGGACAUUGCUGGUGCCGUCGGUGGAGCUGUGUGAAGUAGAGAUGCUGAGAGAGGGGAGAGUGCUGGGGUGUUGGUGAUUGUGAUCGUCGGCGAUCCGCCUCAACGGUCCCCCGUUGUGAGGCUUAAACCACUGACGAAUAUGGAAGGGGAUUGAGGGAGUGGGACAUUGAGCCUUCUCCCGAAGAGCCCUACACUGGUUGGCUAGUGGAACCUCGUGUCUGGCGUGUAUUGUGGCGGAGAUUGUAGUGAGCAAAGGGCUGGUGGUUGGGGGUUUAAGGCGACAUUUCGUCAUCACUUGAGGUUGGCGUAGGCCAUGACAGAGAGUGCUUGUGUCAGCGUUUUCUGACGGCGUAGCACUGUUGGUAUUUUCUUUCCUCAUUGCUCACCAGAGAUCCGUCAUUGUGCGUGGAGUGCUAUGGCCUACAUGCUGGUUGGAAAGAAAAGGGCGACGAGGGACCAGCUUUAUUGCUGCUCCCGUAUGUUGCCGACAGACACUGUGCUUUUGAUGUGGCGCUGGGAUUUUUGGCGACCUUGGCGUCCUGAUGUACUGCGAAUUCCGAGUUGGGGGCUUUUAGAGGGGGACCUUGAGACGAGGAGGUCGUUGUGCAGUGUUUCAUUUGGAAAUCAGAGCAUGUCGGGUGUCAUGAAGUAUGGGUUUUGUGUUUUAUAAGGGGAUAUUGGUGCGCAAAUCACCAUCCGUCCCUGCCUGCUAUGGGGCAGGGAGACGAUGGAACUGUGGUAUGUGUGUUAGUGAUGCUGUGAGAGGGCAGAGGUAUGGAGUGUGGGUAAUUGCGAUCGUCGGCGAUCCGCCUCAACGGUUUCUCGUUGUGAGGCUUAAACCACUGACGAAUAUGGAAGGGGUUUGAGGGAGUGCGGGGUAUUCAGCCUUCUCCCGGAGAGCCCUACACUGGUUGGCUAGUCGAACCUCGUGUCUGGUGUGUAUUCUGACGGCGAUUGUAGUGGCAAGGGGUUGGUGGUUGGGAGUUUGUUUUGUGUAGUUGGAGACUGUAUGCAGAUGAAGCUGCAGUUGGGGUGGGGGAGGGGUGAGGCGUGUGAUGUUGUCAAUCAAUUUUAUACCCCUGACUGCUCUGCCGCAAGUGUUGUCGGAGCCUGAGACUCUCUCGCUCGGCUAGGCGUCGUGGCCUGGAAGAUUGCCAACGGACAAUGGAAGACAGAGAUGGCAGUCAGUUAAGUAUUUCUGCUUUUUUGUCCUGACGGACUGGCGAACUGAGAGCCAGGCUGCAUUAGCUCCUUCCUUACGUAGCGUCUGGCACCCUCAGGCAUUUGAGCUGCAUGCCCCGCACCCGAUUUUAUGCGAAGUUCAGGUGCUUGUGUCUGAGGCGGGGUAGUGUAUGUGACAUGCCUAGGUGUGAGUUUACGGCGUGCCAGUCACCUGCGUCCUCGCUGUCCUUUGGUCCUCUUGACUCCGUCCUGACAUAGGGUGUAGACAGAUGAUGAUGAUGAUGAUGAUGAUGUAAGGCCGUGAUGGUGCAUAAGGGUGAUAGUUUGGUGGAGAAAGGCAGGGGUUCCACUUAUUCCAUCACCGUCUUUCUAGUGGUUUAAAGGGUCGCUUUUUUGAAAACUCAAGUCUGCGAACAGGGGUUUUCGGUCAUGCUUCGUCAGGUUAAUGCAGUUGCAUAAGGGAAUGAAAAUACACAAAAUUAACUGUUUGUAUCGGUGUGUUAAGGACUAAUAAAUGAUUAACGCUCACCAUCCCCACGCCGCCCGGAUGGCUGGGCCGGGGGAUUUUUUUCUUCAGGGCUACGGGUGGGUGGGGGGCGGAGGGCAAGAGAGUCUUUAAGUGAUGUUCUUGGAUUGAGUACACGGAGUACCCAUCAAUGUAAUUAGGGAUUUGAGGCAACAUGUCGUCAUUACUUGAGGUUGGCGUAGACCAUGAUAGAGAGAGAGUGCUUGUGUCAGCGUUUUCUGACAGUAUAACACUGGCUUAACUGUUGGUAUUUUGCGUGCGUAAUUGUCCACCAGAGAUCCGUCAUUGUGCGUGUGGUGCCAUGACCUACAUGGUGGUGGGAAAUAAAAGAGCGACGAUGGACCAGCUGUAUUGCUGUUCUUGUAGGUCGCCAACAGACACUGUGUUUAGACCGUGGAGCUAGGAUUUGUGGCGACGUUGGCGUCUUGUUGUGAUGCUAAUUCCGAGUUGGGGAGUUUUGUUGGGGGCCUUGAAGAGGAGGUUGUGGUGCAGUGUUUCAUGCGGGAAUCAGAGCAUGUCGGCUGGAGCUGUUUGAGGUAGAGAUGCCGAGAGAGGGCAGAGCGAUGGGGUGUGUGUGGUUGCGCUCGUCGGCGAUCCGCCUCAACGGUCCCCCGUUGUGAGGCUUAAACUACUGACGAAUAUGGAAGGGGAUUUUGAGGGAGGGGGGCAUUCAGCCUUCCCCCGAUAAGCCCUACACUGGUUGGCUGGUCGAACCUCGCGCCUGGUGUGUAUUCUGGUUGAUUUGUUGUACGGCUGCUUUGGCUCCUUGCUAACGGGACCUCUGGCACUCCGAGACAUUUGAGCUCUAUGCCACGCGCCCGAUUUUGUGUGAAGUGCUGGCGCUUUUGUUUCGUUUCGGGGUCAUAUAUGUGGCACCCUCAGACGAGGUCACUAUCUAUGACGGACACUGCGCCAAUCGACCGAUGUAUCGUUUGUAUCACCUGAAUUUUCUUAGUUGGUACCUGGUUAUCCGGUGUUUCCGCCUAUUGUAGGUUUCGAAUUCACUGCCUGCUUAAGAUGCUUGUGAAGAGGCCCCAGUUUUGUGGGGUAAGAUGGGUGUGUCGUAGCCUUUGGAAUAAUUUAUGGUGAUUGUACGGAGACCGAGCACAAUGGAAUUCCAGGGAGACUGAAUGAUGGACUUAGCGCAGUAAAUAGCUGCGCCAGGCGAAGGGGGACGCAUUCCGUGAACGGAUCAGGCACCAUCGACAAAAUACGUUCAGGCAUCGAGUGAAACGUGAGCUGAAGCAGCAUGCAUCACAUUUCUAAGGCAGCAUUCUCUUGAUCGACGGCCAGUGGUCCAUGAAUAACGUUUUACAUGUAGUUAGCAUAUAUUGGGCAAAGAGGUGAACUUGGAAGAAGGCCACGUGUUGCUUUACGCCACCCACUUUCAGAGGGGUAUUGUGUACUGCUACGAGACCUGCGAACUAGCACCAUACCUUAACCAUCGAUGGCAGCCAUAUGAGCCACUGGCUACUUCCGCGUAGUAUAUGGCCGUGCAACGGUGUUCUAUGCCACCAAUUAUGAGGUGCCGUAAGUUUGAAGUGAGGUGAUGCUUCACCUCGCUGCAGACUUGUGUCUUGUGGCUGAUUCACUUCCUGGCAAUGGAACUACGUAGGACAUAGGGAGCUGAGAGCGGUUUGGACGCCGGCUGAAGCCCGUGUGUUUGGUUUUCUGAAUGAUUGUUUGGCGUGGGAGAGAGAGGAGGAGCUUACAUUGAUAGCAUCUCCGUCUGUUGGUGGUUUAGGCUGUUGGUAUUUCUCAUGUCUCAUUGUCCACCAGAGAUCCGUCAUUGUGCGUGGGGUGCUAUGACCUACAUGCUGGUGGGAAAGAAAAGUGCGACGAUGGACCAGCUGUAUUGCUGCUCUUGUAGGUUGCCGACAGAUACUGUGCUUAGGAUGUGGUGGUAAGAGUUGUGGCGACGCUGGCGUCUUGUUGUACUGCUAAUUCCGAGUUGGGGAGUUUUGUUGGGGGCCUUGAAGAGGAGGUUGUGGUGCAGUGUUUCAUGCGGGAAUCAGAGCAUGUCGCCUGGAGCUGUGUAGGGUAGAAAUGCCGAGAGGGCAGAGCGAUGGGGUGUGUGUGGUUGCGCUCGUCGGCGAUCCGCCUCAACGGUCCCCCGUUGUGAGGCUUAAACCACUGACGAAUAUGGAAGGGGAUUUUGAGGGAGCAGGGCAUUCAGCCUUCGCCCGAUGAGCCCUACACUGGUUGGCUGGUCGAACUGCGUAUCUGGUGUGUAUUGUGGCAGAGAUUGUAGUGAGCAAAGGGCUGGUGGUUGGGGAUUUAAGGCGACAUUUCGUCAUCACUUGAGGUUGGCGUAGGCCAUGAUAGAGAGUGCUUGUGUCAGCGUUUUCUGACGACGUAGCACUGUUCGUAUUUUCUUUCCUCAUUGCUCACCAGAGAUCCGUCAUUGUGCGUGGAGUGCUAUGACCUACAUGCUGGUGGGAAAGAAAAGGGCGACGACGGACCAGCUUUAUUGCUGCUCCCGUAUGUUGCCGACAGACACUGUGCUUUCGAUGUGGCGCUGGGAUUUGUGGCGACUUUGGCGUCCUGAUGUACUGCGAAUUCCGAGUUGGGGGCUUUUAGAGGGGGACCUUGAGACGAGGAGGUCGUUGUGCAGUGUUUCAUUUGGAAAUCAGAGCAUGUCGGGUGUCAUGAAGUAUGGGUUUUGUGUUUAAUAAGGGGAUAUUGGUGCGCAAAUCACCAUCCGUCCCUGCCUGCUAUGGGGCAGGGAACUGUGGUAUGUGUGUUAGUGAUGCUGUGAGAGGGCAGAGGUAUGGAGUGUGGGUAAUUGCGAUCGUCGGCGAUCCGCCUCAACGGUUUCUCGUUGUGAGGCUUAAACCACUGACGAAUAUGGAAGGGGCUUGAGGGAGUGCGGGGUAUUCAGCCUUCUCCCGAUGAGCCCUACACUAGUUGGCUAGUGGGACCUCGUGUCUGUUGUGUACUCUGGCGGACAUUGUGGUGGGCGAGGGGCUGGAGGCUGGGAGUAUGUUUUUGUGCAAUCGGAGACUGUAUAGAUGAAGUUGCAGUCGGAGUGAAUGAGAAGUGAGACGUGUGAUGUCAGUCAGUCUUAUCGGAGCCGGAGACUGUCUCGGUCGGCUAGGCGUUGUGGCCUGGUAGAUUGCCAACGGACAAUGGAAGACACAGCUGGCAGUCAGCUCAGUAUUUCUGGUUUUUUCGUUUUGGCGGACUGGCGAGCUGAGAGCCAGGCUGCAGUAGCCCCUUUCUUAUGUAAUCUCUGGCAUCCUCAGGCAUUUGAGCUGCAUGCCGUCCACCCGAUUUAAUGCGAAGUGCAGGUGCUUGUGUCUGGGGGCGGGGUAGUGUAUGUGACAUGCCUAGGUGUGAGUUUACGGCGUGCCAGUAACCUGCGUCCUCGCUGGCCUUUGGUCUUCCUUACUCUGUCCUGUGCAGACAGACGAUGAGGAGAGAGAGAGCGGUAGGUGCAGUGCAAGCGUAAAACGAUUCACGUGUAAGUCACCUUCCCUGCUCUCACGCUGUUUUGGAGCAGACAGUGGGUUUCGUCGGUCAUGAGGGUGGAAAUGUUGCGUGGUGAGGUGAAGAUGUGUGUUGGUUGAUGACGAUUUUGGCGCCUCCAAUUUAGGGGGAAAGGCCGUAAUGGGACAUAAGGGUGAUGGUUUGGUUGUGACCGGUAGAGGCUCCACUUAUGCCAUCACCGUUUUUCACGUAGUUUAAAAUGUUGUUAUUUUGGAAACUCAAGUCGGAGAACAGGGGUUUUCGGUCAUUCUUCGUGAGGUCAAUGCAGUUGCAUAAGGGUAUGAAAAUACACAAAAUUAACUGUUUUUAUAGGUGUGUUAAGGACUAAUAAAUGAUUAACGCUCACCAUCCCCACGCCGCCCGGAUGGCUGGGCCGGGGGAUUUUUUUCUUCAGGGCUACGGGUGGGUGGGGGGGGGAGGGCAAGAGAGUCUUUAAGUGAUGUUCUUGGAUUGAGUACACGGAGUACCCAUCAAUGUAAUUAGGGAUUUGAGGCAACAUGUCGUCAUUACUUGAGGUUGGCGUAGACCAUGAUAGAGAGGGAGAGUGCUUGUGUCAGCGUUUUCUGACAGUAUAACACUGGCUUAACUGUUGGUAUUUUGCGUGCGUAAUUGUCCACCAGAGAUCCGUCAUUGUGCGUGGGGUGCCAUGACCUACAUACUGGUGGGAAAGAAAAGAGCGACGAGGGACCAGCAGUAUUGCUGCUCUUGUAGGUUGCCGACAGACACUGUGUUUAGACCGUGGAGCUAGGAGUGGCGACGUUGGCGUCUUGUUGUGAUGCUAAUUCUGAGUUGGGGAGUUUUGUUGGGGGCCUUGAAGAGGAGGUUGUGGUGCAGUGUUUCAUGCGGGAAUCAGAGCAUGUCGGCUGGAGCUGUGUAGGGUAGAGAUGCCGAGAGAGGGCAGAGCGAUGGGGUGUGUGUGGUUGCGCUCGUCGGCGAUCCGCCUCAACGGUUCCCCGUUGUGAGGCUUAAGCCACUGACGAAUAUGGAAGGGGAUUUUGAGGGAGUGCAGGGCAUUCAGCCUUCGCCCGAUGAGCCCUACACUGGUUGGCUGGUCGAACUGCGUAUCUGGUGUGUAUUCUGGUUGAUUUGUUGUACGGCUGCAUUGGCUCCUUGUUAACGUGACCUCUGGUACUCUGAGACAUUUCAGCUCUAUGCCACGCACCCGAUUUUGUGUGAAGUGCUGGCGCUUUUGUUUCGUUUCGGGGUCAUAUAUGUGGCACCGUCAGACGAGGUCACUAUCUAUGACGGACACUGCGCCAAUCGACCGAUGAAUCGUUUGUGUCACCCGAUUUUUCUUAGUUGGUAACUCGUUUUCCGGUGUUCCCGCUUAUUGUAGGUUUCGUAUUUGCUACCCGUUUCAGAUGCUCGUCGAGACUCCCCAGUUUUGUGAGGUAGAAUGGGUGUGUAGUACCCUUUAGAAUAAUUUGUGGUGAUUGUACGGAGACCGAGCACAAUGGAAUUCCAGGGAGACUGAAUGAUGGAUUUAGGGCAGUAAAUAGCUGCGCCAGGCGAAGGGAGACGCAUUCCGUGAACGGAUGAGGCACCAUCCGCAGAAUUCGUUCAGGCACGGAGUGAAGCAUGAGCUCAAGCAGCAUGGAUCACAUUGCAAUGACAGAAUUCUCUUGAUAGAAGACCAGUGGUCCAUGAAUAAUAACGUUUUAUUUGUAGUUAGCACGGAUUGAGCAAAGAGGUGAACUUGGAAGAAGGCCACGGGUUCCUUUACGCCACCCACAUUGAGAGGGGUAUUCUAUACUGGUGCGGAACCUGCGAACUAGCACCGUGCCUUAAACAUCUAUGGCAGCCAUAUAAGUCAUUGGCUACCUCCGCUUGGUAUAUGGCCGUGCAAGGGUGAUCUAUGCCAGCAAUCAUGAAGAGCCGUAAGCUUGAAGUGAGGUGAAGCUUCACCUGGCUGCAGACUUGUGUCUUGUGGUUGAUUUCUUUCGUGGCACUGGAAGUACGUAGGACAUAGGGAGCUGAGAGGGGUUUGCACGCCGGUUGAAGCCCGUGUGUUUGAUUUUCUGAAUGAUUGUGUGGCGUGGGAAAGAGAGAGAGGAGGAGCUUACAUUGAUAGCAUCUCCGUCUGUUAGUGGUUUAGGCUGUUGGUAAUUUUCAUGUCUCAUUUUUCACCAGAGAUCCGUCAUUGUGCGUGGGGUGCCAUGACCUACAAGCUGGUGGGAAAGAAAAGGGCGACGAGGGACCAGCUGUAGUGCUGCUCCUGUAGGUUGCCGACAGACCGUGUGCUUAGGAUGUGGUGCUAGGAUUUGUGGCGACGUUGGCGUCUUGUUGUACCGCGAAUUCCGAGUUGGGGACUGUUAGAAGUGAGGCCUUGAAAUGGUGGGUGUCAUGGGGUUGGGUGUUGUGUUUAGUCGGGGGAUGUUGGUGCCUAAGGCACUGUCCCUGCCUGCUAUAGGGAAGGCAGACAGUGGACAUUGUUGGUGCCGGCGGUGGAGCUGUGUGGGUUAGAGAUGCUGAGAUAGGAGAGGGCAGAGCGAUGGGGUGUGGGUGUUUGCGAUCGUCGGCGAUCCGCCUCAACGGUUUCUCGUUGUGAGGCUUAAACCACUGACGAAUAUGGAAGGGGCUUGAGGGAGUGCGGAGUAUUCAGCCUUCUCCCAAUGAACCCUACACUAGUUGGCUAGUGGGACCUCGUGUCUGGUGUGUACUCUGGCGGAGAUUGUGGUGGGCGAGGGGCAGGAGGCUGGGAGUAUGUUUUUGUGCAAUCGGAGACUGUAUAGAUGAAGUUGCAGUCGGAGUGAAUGUGAAGUGAGAUUUGUGAUUUCAAUCAAUGUUAUCGGAGCCUGAGGCUGUCUCGGUCGGCUAGACGUCGUGGCCUGGUAGAUUGCCAACGGACAAUGGAAGACAGAGCUGGCAGUCAGCUCAGUAUUUCUGGUUUUUUCGUGUUGGCGGACUGGCGAACUGAGAGCCAGGCUGCAUUAGCCCCUUUCUUAUGUAAUCUCUGGCAUCCUCAGGCAUUUGAGCUGCAUGCCGCGCACCCGAUUUUAUGCGAAGUCCAGGUGCUUGUGUCUGGGGCGGGGUACUGUAUGUGGCUAUGUGUAGGUGUGAGUUUACGGCGUGCCAGUCACCUGCGUCCUCGCUGGCCUUUGGUCUUCCUUACUCUGUCCUGUGCAGACAGACGAUGAGGAGAGAGAGAGCGGUAGGUGCAGUGCAAGCGUAAAACGAUUCACGUGUAAGUCACCGUCCCUGCUCUCACACUGUUUUGGAGCAGAUAGUGUACAUCGUCGGUCAUGAGGGUGGAACUGUUGCGUGGUGAGGUGAUGUGUGUUGGUCGAUGAUGAUUUUGGCGUCUCCAAUUUGGGGAGAAUUACCGUGAUGGGACAUUAAGGUGAUGGUUUGGUUGUGAGCGGUAGGGGCUCCACUUAUGCCAUCAUCGUUUUUCACGUAGUUUAAACUGUUGUUAUUUUGGAAACUCAAGUCGGAGAACAGGCGUUUUCGGUAAUUCUCCGUCAGGUCAACAGAGUUACAGCAAGGAAUGAAAAUACAAAAUUGGCAGUGUUUAUGGGUGUUUUAAGGACUAAUAAAUUGCUAACACUCAGCAUCUCCACGCCGCUCGCAUGACUAGGUUGGGGCAGUUUUUUUCAGGGCUAGGGGUGGGGGGGGGGCAAGAGUGCCUUUGAGUGAUGUUCUUGGAUUGAGUACACGGAGUACCCAUCACUGUAAGUAGGAAUUUGAGGCGACAUGUCGUCAACACUUGGGGUUGGCGUAGGCCAAGGUCGAUACAGUACUUGUUUCAGCGUUUUCUGACAGCAUAGCACUGGAUUCACUGUUGCUGUCUUUAUUUCCUCAUUGUCCACCAGAGAUCCGUCUUUGUGCGUGGGGUGCUAUGACCUACAAGCUGGUGGGAAAGAAAAGAGCGACGAGGGACUAGCUGUAUUGCUGCUCCUGUAGUUUGCCGACAGACACUGUGCCUAGGAUGUGGUGGUAAGAGUUUUGGCGACGUUGACGUCUUGUUGUACCGCGAAUUCCGAGUUGGGGACUGUUAGAAUGGAGGUUGUCCUGGGGUUGGGUGUUGUGUUUAGUAGGGCGAUGUUGGCGCCUACUCCACUGUUCCUGCCUGCUAUAGGAAAGGCAGACAGUGGACAUUGUUGGUGCCGGCGGUGGAGCUGUGUGGGGUAGAGACGCUGAGAGAGGAGAUUGUGAUGGGGUGUGGGUGAUUGCGAUCGUCGGCGAUCCGCCUCAACGGUCCCUCGUUGUGAGGCUUAAGCCUCUGACGAAUAUCGAAGGGGAUUUUGAGGGGGGGGGGGGCAUUCAGCCUUCCCCCGAUGAGCCCUACACUGGUUGGCUGGUCGAACCUCGUCUUUAGUAUGUAAUCUGGUUGAUUUAGAGUGAGGCUGCAUUGGCUCCUUGUGAACGUGACCUCUGGUACUCUGAGACAUUUGAGCUCUAUGCCACGCACCCGAUUUUGUGUGAAGUGCUGGCGCUUUUGUUUCGUUUCGGGGUCAUAUAUGUUGCAGCGUCGGACGAGGUCACUAUCUAUGACAGACACUGCGCCAAUCCCCCUAACCAGACCACAACGGAUGAAUCCUUUGUGCUACCUGAAUUUCCUUGGUACAUCGUUAUCCGGUGUUUCCGCUUACUGUAGGUUUUGGAUCCUCCGCCCGUUUAAGAUGUUCGUUAAGACGCCCCAGUUGUGUGAGUUAGAAUGGGUGUGUCGUAGCCUUCAGAAUAAUUUGUGGUGAUUGUACGGGGACCGAGCACGAUGGAAUUCCAGGGAGACUGAAUGAUGGAUUUAGGGCAGUAAAUAGCUGCGCCAGGCGAAGGGAGACGCAUUCCGUGAACGGAUCAGGGACCAUCCGCAGAAUUCGUUCAGGCAUGGAGUGACGCGUGAGCUCAAUCAGCAUGGAUCACAUUGCAAUGGCAGAAUUCUCUUGAUAGAAGACCAGUGGUCCAUGAAUAAUAACGUAUUAUUUGUAGUUAGCACGGAUUGGGCAAAGAGAUGAACUUGGAAGGAGGCCACGGGUUCCUUUACGCCACUCACAUUGAGAGGGGUAUUCUAUACUGGUGCGGAACAUGCGAACUAGCACCAUAGCUUAACCAUCUAUGGCAGCCAUAUAAGUCAUUGGCUACCUCCGCUUGGUAUAUGGCCGUGCAAGUGUGAUCUAUGCCAGCAAUCAUGAAGAGCCGUAAGCUUGAAGUGAGGUGAAGCUUCACCUGGCUGCAGACUUGUGUCUUGUGGUUGAUUCCUUUCGUGGCACUGGAAGUACGUAGGACAUAGUGAGCAGAAAGCGGUUUGGACGCCGGCUAAAGCCCGUGUGUUUGGUUUUGUCAGUUAUUGUGUGGGUUGGGAGGGAGGAGGAGCUUACAUUCAUGCCAUCUUCGUCUGUUAGUGGUUUAGGCUGUUGGUAUUUUUUCGUGCCUCAUUGUCCACCAGAGAUCCGUCAUUGUGCGUGGGGUGCAAUGACCUACAUGCUGGUGGGAAGAAAAGAGCUUUGAGGGACUAGGUGUAUUGCUGAUCCUGUAGGUUGUCGACAGGCACUGUGCCUAGGAUGUGGUGGUAAGAGUUGUGGCGACGUUGACGUCUUGUACUGCGAAUUCCGAGUUGGGGACUGUUAGAAUGGAGGGUGUCCUGGGGUUGGGUGUUGUGAUUAGUAGCGGGAUGGUGGUGCCUAAUCCAUUGUUCCUGCCUUCUGUAGGAAAGGCAGACAGUGGACAUUGUUGGUGCCAACGGUGGAGCUGUGUGGGGUAGAGACGCUGAGAGAUGAGAGAAUUAUGGGGCGUUUGUGAUUGGGAUCGUCGGCGAUUCGUCUCAGCGGUCUGUCGUUGUGAGGCUUAAACCACUGGCGAAUAUGGAAGGGGAUUGAGGGAGGGGGACAUUCAACCUUCUCCCGAUGAGCCCUACACUGGUUGACUGGUCGAACCUCGUAUUUAAUAUGUAUUGCGGUGGAUUUAGAGUGAGGCUGCAUUGGCUCCUUGUUAACGUGUCCUCUGGUACUCUGAGACAUUUGAGCUCUAUGCCACGCACCCGAUUUUGUGUGAAGUGCUGGCGCUUUUGUUUCGUUUCGGGGUCAUAUAUGUGGCACUGUCAGACGAGGUCACUAUCUAUGACGGACACUGCGCCAAUCGACCGAUGAAUCGUUUGUGUCACCCGAUUUUUCUUAGUUGGUAACUCGUUUUCCGGUGUUCCCGCUUAUUGUAGGUUUCGUAUUUGCUACCCGUUUUAGAUGCUCGUCAAGACUCCCCAGUUUUGUGAGGUAGAGUGGGUGUGUAGUACCCUUUAGAAUAAUUUGUGGUGAUUGUACGGAGGCCGAGCACAAUGGAAUUCCAGGGAGACUGAAUGAUGGAUUUAGGGCAGUAAAUAGCUGCGCCAGGCGAAGGGAGACGCAUUCCGUGAACGGAUUAGGUACCAUCCGCAGAAUUCGUUCAGGCAUGGAGUGACGCGUGAGCUCAAUCAUCAUGGAUGGCAUUCCAAUAGAAGAACAGUCGUCAAUGAAUAAUAACGUUUUAUGUCUAUUUAGCUUGGACUGGACAAAUAGGUGAACUUGGAGGUAGGCCAUGUGUUUUAGGUAGGACAGUGAGCAGAGAGCGGUUUAGCCGCCGACUGAAGCCCGUGUGAUUGCUUUUGUCAGUGAUUUUGUGGUGUAGAAGAUAGCAGAAGCUUACAUUCAUACUAUCUCCGUCUGUUGGUGGUUUCUGCUGUUGGUAGUUUUCGUGCCUCAUUGUCCACCAGAGAUCCGUCAUUGUGCGUGGGGUGCUAUGACCUACAUGCUGGUGGGAAAGAAAAGGGCGACGAGGGACCAGCUGUAGUGCUGCUCCUGUAGGUUGCCGACAGACACUGUGCUUAGGAUGUGGUGCUAGGAUUUGUGGCGACGUUGGCGUCUUGUUGUACCGCCAAUUCCGAGUUGGGGACUGUUAGAAGGGAGGCCUUGAAAUGGUGGGUGUCAUGGGGUUGGGUGUUGUGUUUAGUAGGGGGAUGUUGGUGCCUAAGGCACUGUCCCUGCCUGCUAUAGGGAAGGCAGACAGUGGACAUUGUUGGUGCCGGCGGUGGAACUGUGUGUGUUUGUUAGUGAUGCUGAGAGAAGAGAGAGUGUGAUGGGCUGUGGGUGGUUGCGCUCGUCGGCGAUCCGCCUCAACGGUCCCCCGUUGUGAGGCUUAAACCACUGACGAAUAUGGAAGGGGAUUUUGAGGGAGGGGGGCAUUCAGCCUUCUCCCGAUGAGCCCUACACUGGCUGGCUGGUCGAACUGCGUAUCUGGUGUGUAUUCUGGUUGAUUUGUUGUACGGCUGCAUUGGCUCCUUGUUAACGUGACCUGGUACUCUGAGAGAUUUGAGCUCUAUGCCACGUACCCGAUUUUGUGUGAAGUGCUGGCGCUUUUGUUUCGUUUCGGGGUCAUAUAUGUGGCACCCUCAGACGAGGUCACUAUCUAUGACGGACACUGCGCCAAUCGACCGAUGAAUCGUUUGUGUCACCCGAUUUUUCUUAGUUGGUAACUCGUUUUCCGGUGUUCCCGCUUAUUGUAGGUUUCGUAUUUGCUACCCGUUUUAGAUGCUCGUCAAGACUCCCCAGUUUUGUGGGGUAAGAUGGGUGUGUCGUCCCCUUUAGAAUAAUUUGUGGUGAUUGUACGGGGACCGAGCACGAUGGAAUUCCAGGGAGACUGAAUGAUGGACUUAGCGCAGUAAAUAGCUGCGCCAGGCGAAGGGAGACGCAUUCCGUGAACGGAUCAGGUACCAUCCGCAGAAUUCGUUUAGGCAUCGAGUGAAGCGUGAGCUCAAGCAGCAUGGAUCACAUUUCAAUGACAGAAUUCUCUUGAUAGAAGACCAGUGGUCCAUGAAUAAUAACGUUUUAUUUGUAGUUAGCACGGAUUGGGCAAAGAGGUGAACUUGGAAGAAGGCCACGGGUUCCUUUACGCCACCCACAUUGAGUGGGCUAUUCUAUACUGGUGCGGAACCUGCGAACUAGCACCGUGCCUUAAACAUCGAUAGCAGCCAUAUAAGUCAUUGGCUACCUCCGCUUGGUAUAUGGCCGUGCAAGGAUGAUCUAUGCCAGCAAUCAUGAAGAGCCGUAAGCUUGAAGUGAGGUGAAGCUUCACCUGGCUGCAGACUUGUGUCUUGUGGUUGAUUCCUUUCGUGGCACUGGAAGUACGUAGGACAUAGUGAGCAAAAAGUGGUUUGGACGCCGGCUAAAGCCCGUGUGUUUGGUUUUACCAAUGAUUGCCUGGGUUGGGAGGCAGGAGGAGCUUACAUUCAUGCCAUCUUCGUCUGCUAGUGGUUAAGGCUGUUGAUAUUUUUCGUGCCUCACUGUCCACCGGAGAUCCGUCAUAGUGCGUGGGGUGCUAUGACCUACAUGCUGGUGGGAAAGAAAAGAGCGACGAGGGACUAGCUGUAUUGCUGCCCCUGUAGGUUGCCGACAGACACUGUGCUUAGGAUGUGGUGGUAAAAUUUGUGGCGAAUUUGAUGUCUUGUUGUGAUGCUAAUUCCAGUUAGGGACUGUUAGGAUGAAGGUUAUCAUGGGAUUGGGUGUUGUGUUUAGUAGCGCGAUGUUCGUGCCUAAGGCACGGUCCCCACUUGCUAGCAGGGAUACGAUGGACAUUGCUGAUGCCGUCGGUGGAGCUGUGUGAAGUAGAGAUGCUCAGAGAGGGGAGAGCGACGGACUGUGGGUGAUUGCGAUCGUCGGCGAUCCGCCUCAACGGUCCCUCGUUGUGAGGCUUAAACCACUGACGAAUAUGGAAGGGGAUUUUGAGGGAGCAGGGCAUUCAGCCUUCCCCCGAUAAGCCUUACACUGGUUGGCUGGUCGAACCUCGUCUUUAGUAUGUAGUCUGGUUGAUUUAGAGUGAGACUGCAUCGACUGCAUGCUAACGUGAUCUGUGGCACUCUCACGCAUUUGAUCUGUAUGCGGCGCACUGCCUUUGUGUGAAGUUCUGGCGCUUUUGUUUCCUCUCGGGCUCAUAUAUGUGACACCCUGAAACGAGGUAAUUAUCUAUGGCAAAUACUGCGGCAAUCGCCCUAACCAGACGACUACCGAUGAAUCCUUUGUACCACCUGAAUUUUCUUAGUUGGUACCGCGUUAUCCGGUGUUUCCGCCUAUUGUAAGUUCCGAAUUGACUGCCUGCUUAAGAUGCUUGUGAAGAGGCCCCAGUUGUGUGGGGUAAGAUGUGUGUGUCGUCCCCUUCAGAAUAAUUUGUGGUGAUUGUACGGAGACCGAGCACAAUGGAAUUCCAGCGAGAGAGCGGUAGGUGCAGUGCAAGCGUACUAUCACUAAAACGAUUCACGUGCAAGUUACCGUCCCUGCUCUCAUGCUGUUUUGGAGCGGACAGUGGGUGUCGUCGGUCACGACGGCGGGACUGUUGCCUGGUGAGGUGAAGAUGUGUGUUGGUUGAUGACGAUUUAGGCGCCUUCAAUUUGAGGUGUAUGGCCGUGAUGGGGCAUAAGGUUGAUAGUUUGCUUGAGAGAGGUAGAGGUCCCACUAAUGCCAUCACCGUUUUUCUAGUGGAUUAAAAGGUCGCUAUUUUGAAAACUCAAGUCUGCGAACAGGGGUUUUCGGUCAUUCUUCGUCAGGUCAAUGCAGUUGCAUAAGGGAAUGAAAAUACACAAAAUUAACAGGUGUGUUAAGGAGUACCCAUCAAUGCAAUUAGGGAUUUGAGGCAACAUGUCGUGAUUACUUGUGGUUGGCGUAGACCAUGAUAGAGAGAGAGUGCUUGUGUCAGCGUUUUCUGACAGUAUAACACUGGCUUAGCUGUUGUUAUUUUUCGUGCGUAAUUGUCCACCAGAGAUCCGUCAUUGUGCGUAGGGUGCUAUGACCUACAAGCUGGUGGGAAAGAAAAGAGCGACGUGGGACCAGCUGUAUUGCUGCUCCUGUAGUUUGCCGACAGACACUGUGCUUAGGAUGUGGGGCUAAGAUUUGUGGCGACAUUGGCGUCUUGCUGUGAUGCUAAUUCCGGGUUGGGGGUAUUUAGAUGGGGACCUUGUGAUGACGAGGUCGUCGUACAGUGUUCAUUUGGGAAUCAGAGCGUGUCGGUUGUCAUGAGGUUCGGUGUUGUGUUCAGAAGGGGGAUGUUGGUGCACAAGUCACCAUCCGUCCCUGCCUCCUAUGGGGCAAGGAGACGAUGGACGUCGUUGGUAACGAGGGUGGAACUGUGUGGGGUAGAGAUGCUGAGAUAUGACACAGUGAUGGGGCAUGGGUGGCUGCGAUCGUCGGCGAUCCGCCUCAACGGUCCCUCGUUUUGAGGCUUAAACCACCGACGAAUAUGGAUGCGGAUUGAGGGAGUGCCGCGUUCGGCCUUCUCCCGAUGAGCCCUACACUGGUUGGCUGGUCGAACCUCGCGUCUGAUGUGUAUUUUGGUGGAUUUAGAGUUAUGUUACAUUGGCUCCUUGCUAACGGGAUCUCUGGCACUCGCGCAUUUGAGGUCUAUGUGGCGCAUCACCUUUUGUAUAAAGUGCUGGCGCCUGAGACGAGGUCACUGUCUAUGACAGACACUGUGCCAAUCCCCCUAUGCAGACAACUACCAAUGCAUCCUUUGUAUCACCUGAAUUUUCUUAGUUGGUACCUGGUUAUCGGGUGUUACCGCAUAUUGUAGGUUUCGAAUUCGCCGCCUGUUUAAGAUGUUCAUGAAGAGGCCCCAGUUCUGUGAGGUAGAAUAGGCGUGUCGUACCCUUUAGAAUUAAUUUGUGGUGAUUUUCCGGGGACCGAGCACGAUGGAAUUCCAGGGAGAUUGAAUGAUGGACUUAGCGCAGUAAAUAGGUGCGCCAGACGAAGGGAGGCGCAUUCCGCGAACGGAUGAGGCACCAUCCGCAGAAUACGUUCAGGCAUCGAGUGAAGCGUGAGCUCAAUCAGCAUGGGUUACAUUCCAAUGGCAGCAUUCUCUUGAUAGACGACCAGUGGUCCAUGAACAAUAACGUUUUAUUUGUAGUAAGCACGGAUUGGGCGAAGCGGUGAUACUUCACCUGGCUGCAGACUUGUGCCUUGUGGCCGAUUAACUUCGUGGCAAUGGAACUACGUAGGACAUGGUAAGCAGAGCGCUUUUGACGCCGGCUAAAGCCCGUGUGUUUGGUUUUCCCAAUGAUUGUGUGGCGUGGGAGAGAGGAGGAGCUCACAUUUAUACCCUCUCCGUCUGUUAGUGUUUUAAGCUGUUGGAAUUUUCCGUGCCUCAUUGUCCACCAGAGAUCCGUCAUUGUGCGUGGGGUGCUAUGACCUACAUGCUGGUGGGAAAGAAAAGAGCGACGAGGGACCAGCUGUAUUGCUGCUCCUGUAGGUUGCCGACAGACACUGCGCUUAGGAUGUGGGGCUAGGAGUGGUAACGUUGGCGUCUUGUUGUACUGCGAAUUCCGAGUUAGGGACUGUUAGAAUGGAGGGUGUCCUGGGGUUGGGUGUUGUGUUUAGUAGUGGGAUGUUGGUGCCUAAGGCACCGUCCCUGCUUGGUAUGGGACAGGGAGACGAUGGACAUUGUUGGUACUGGCGACGGAGCUGUGUGGGGUAGAGAUGCCGCGAGAGGAGAGAGUGCUGGGGUGUUGGUGAUUGUGAUCGUCGGCGAUCCGCCUCAACGGUCCCUCGUUGUGAGGCUUAAACCACUGACGAAUAUGGAAGGGGAUUUUGAGGGAGCGGGGCAUUCAGCCUUCUCCUGAAGAGCCCUACACUGGUUGGCUGAUCGAACCUCGUGUCUAGUGUGGCGACGUUGACGUCUUGUUGUACUGCGAAGUCCGAGUUGGGAACUUUUAGAUGGGACCUUGAAGAGGAAGUCGUGCAGUGUUUCAUUUGGGAAUCAGAGCGUGUCGGGUGGCACGAGGUGGGGUGUUGUGUUUAGUAGGGGGAUAUUCGUGCGAAAGUCGCCAUCCGUCCCUGCCUGCUAUGGGGCAGGGAGACGAUGGACGUCGUUAGUAACGAGGGCGGAACUGUGUGUAUGUGUUAGUAAUGCUGAGAGAGGGCGGAGGGAUGGGCUGUGGGUAAUUGCAAUCGUUGGCGAUCCGCCUCAACGGUCCCUCGUUUUGAGGCUUAAACCACUGACGAAUAUGGAAGGGAAUUGAGGGAGCGGGGCGUUCAGCCCUCUCCCGAUGAGCCCUACACUGGUGGACUGGUCGAACCUCGUAUUUAGUAUGUAAUCUGGUUGAUUUAGAGUGAGGCUGCAUUGGCUCCUUGGUAGCGUUGCCUGUGACACUCACGCAUUUGAGCCUUAUUCUGCGCCCCGCCUUUUGUGUGCAGUGCUGGCACUUUUGUUUCGUUUCGGGGUCAUAUAUGUUGCACCGUCAGGCGAGGUCACUAUCUAUGACAGACACUGCGCAAAUCCCCCUAACCAGACCACUACCGAUGAAUCCUUUGUGCUACCUGAAUUUCCUUGGUACAUCGUUAUCCGGUGUUUCCGCUUACUGCAGGUUUUGGAUCCUCCACCCGUUUAAGAUGUUGGUGAAGACACCCCAGUUGUGUGAGGUAGAAUGGGCGUGCCGUAGCCUUUAGAAUAAUUUGUGCUGAUUGAUUGUACGGCGACCGAGCACGAUGGAAUUCCAGGGAGACUGGAUGAUGAACUUAGCGCAGUAAAUAGCUGCGCCAGGCGAAGGGAGACGCAUUCCGUGAACGGAUCAGGUACCAUCCGCAGAAUAUGUUCAGGCACGGAGUGAAGCAUGAGCUCAAGCAGCAUGGAUCACAUUGCAAUGGCAGCACUCUCUUGAUAGAAGACCAGUGAUCCAUGAAUAAUAACGUUUUAUUUGUAGUUAGCACGGAUUGGGCGAAGCGGUGAUACUUCACCUGGCUGCAGAAUUGUGUCUUGUGGUUGAUUCACUUCGUGGCAGUGGAAGUACGUAGGACAUGGUAAGCAGAGUGCUUUUGACGCCGGCUAAAGCCCGGGUGUUUGGUUUUCUGGAUGAUUGUGUGGCGUUGGAAAGAGAGAGAGGAGGAGCUUACAUUUAUACCCUCUUCGUCUGUUAGUGGUUUAAGCCGUUGGAAUUUUUCGUGCCUCAUUGUCCACCAGAGAUCCGUCAUUGUGCGUGGGGUGCUAUGACCUACAAGCUGGUGGGAAAGAAAAGAGCGAUGAGGGACUAGCUGUAUUGCUGCUCCUGUAGGUCGCCAACAGACACUGUGCUAAGGAUGUGGGACUAAGAUUUGUGGCGACUUUGGUGUCUUGCUGUUGGGGACUGUUAGAAGGGAGGCCCUGAAAUGGAGGGUGUCAUGGAGUUGGGUGUUGUGUUUAGUAGGGGGAUGGUGGACAUCGUUUGUAACGACGGUGGAUGAGUGUGUGUGGUAGUGAUGCUGAGAGAGGAGAGACUGAUGGGGUGUGGGUGAUUGCGGUCGUCGGCGAUCCGCCUCAACGGUCCCUCGUUGUGAGGCUUAAACCACUGACGAAUAUGGAAGGGGAUUGAGGGAGCAGGGCAUUCAGCCUUCUCCUGAAGAGCCCUACACUGGUUGGUUGGUCGAACCUCGUGUCUAGUGUGUAUUCUGACGCAGGUUAUAGUGGGGCGGGGGGCUGGUGGUUGGGUGUUUGUUUUCGUGUAUUUGGAGACUGCGUGUAUAUGAAGCUGCAGUCGGAGUGGGGUAGGGGUGAGGCGUGUGAUGUUGUCAAUCAAUUUUAUACACCUGACUCCUCUGUCGCAAGUGUUAUUGGAGCCUGAGACUGUCUCUGUCGGCUAGGCGUCGUGGCCUGGAAGAUUGCCAACGGACAAUGGAAGACAGAGCUGGCAGUCCGCUUAGUAUUUCUCGUUUUUUCGUGUUGGCGGACUGGCGAACUGAGAGCCAGGCUGCAUUAGCCCCUUUCUUAUGUAAUCUCUGGCAUCCUCAGGCAUUUGAGCUGCAUGCCGCCCGCCUGAUUUUAUGCGAAGUCCAGGUGCUUGUGUCUGGGGCGGGGUUGUGGGAGGGCAAGAGAGUCUUUAAGUGAUGUUCUUGGAUUGAGUACACGGAGUACCCAUCAAUGUAAUUAGGGAUUUGAGGCAACAUGUCGUCAUUACUUGAGGUUGGCGUAGACCAUAAUAGAGAGAGAGAGAGUGCUUGUGUCAGCGUUUUCUGACAGUAUAACACUGGCUUAACUGUUGGUAUUUUGCAUGCGUAAUUGUCCACCAGAGAUCCGUCAUUGUGCGUGUGGUGCCGUGACCUACAUGCUGGUGGGAAAGAAAAGUGCGACGAUGGACCAGCUGAGAGAGGGCAGAGCGAUGGGGUGUGUGUGGUUGCGCUCGUCGGCGAUCCGCCUCAACGGUCCCCCGUUGUGAGGCUUAAACCACUGACGAAUAUAGGAGGGGAUUUCGAGGGAGCAGGGCAUUCAGCCUUCGCCCGAUGAGCCCUACAUGGAGUUGGGUGUUGUGUUUAGUAGGGGGAUGUUGGUGCCUAAGGCACCGUCCCUGCCUGUUAUAGGGAAGGCAGACAGUGGACAUUGUUGGUGCCGGCGGUGGAUGAGUGUGUGUUUGUUAGUGAUGCUGAGAGAAGAGAGAGUGUGAUGGGGUGUGGGUGAUUGUGAUCGUCGGCGAUCCGCCUCAACGGUCCCUCGUUGUGAGGCUUAAACCACUGACGAAUAUGGAAGGGGAUUGAGGGAGGGGGGCAUUCAGCCCUCUCCCGAUGAGAUCUACGCUGGUUGGCUGGUCGAACCUCGUAUUUAAUAUGUAAUCUGGUUGAUUUAGAGUGAGGCUGCAUCGACUCCAUGCUAACGUGAUCUGUGGCACUCUCACGCAUUUGAUCUGUAUGCGGCGCACUGCCUUUUGUGUGAAGUUCUGGCGCUUUUGUUUCCUCUCGGGGUCAUAUAUGUGGCACCCUGAGACGAGGUCAUUAUCUAUGGCAAAUACUGCGGCAAUCGCCCCAACCAGACGACUACCGAUGAAUCCUUUGUGCCACCUGAAUUUUCUUAGUUGGUACCUGGUUAUCCGGUGUUCCCGCUUAUGGUAGGUUUUUAAUUCGCUACCCGUUUAAGAUGCUUGUGAAGAGGCCCCAGUUCUGUGAGGUAGAAUGGGUGUGUCGUACCAUUUAGAACAAUUUGUGGUGAUUGUACGGGGACCAAGCGGGAAUGAAUUCCAGGGAGACUGAAUGAUGGACUUAGCGCAAUAAAUAGCUGCGCCAGGCGAAGGGAGACGCAUUCCGUGAACGGAUCAGGCACCAUCGACAAAAUACGUUCAGGCAUCGAGUGAAACGUGAGCUCAAUCAGCAUGGAUCGCAUUCCAAUAGAAGAACAGUCGUCAAUGAAUAAUAACGUUUUAUAUCUAUUUAGCUUGGACUGGGCAAAUAGGUGAACUUGGAAGAAGGCCACGUGUUGUAGGUAGGACAGUGAGCAGAGAGGGGUUUGGCCGCCGACUGAAGCCCGUGUGAUUGAUUUUGUCAGUUAUUUUGUGGUGUGGGAGAUAGCAGAAGCUUAAAUUCAUACUAUCUCCGUCUGUUGGUGGUUUCGGCCGUUGGUAUUUUUCGUGCCUCAUUGUCCACCAUAGAUCCGUCAUUGUGCGUGGGGUGCUAUGACCUACAAGCUGGUGGGAAAGAAAAGAGCGACGAGGAACCAGCUGUAUUGCUGCUCCUGUAGGUCGCCAACAGACAGUGUGCUUAGGAUGUGGAACUAGGAGUGUAGACGUUGGCGUCUUGUUGUACUGCGCAUUCCGAGUUGAAGAUUUUUAGAGGCGGGCCUAGUAGAAGAGGUCGUCGUGCAGUAUUUCAUUUCGGAAUCAGAGCAUGUAGGAUGUCAUGCGGUUGGGUGUUGUGUUUAGUCGGGGGAUGUUGGUGCGCAGGUCACAUCCGUGCCAUUCUGGUAUGGGGCAGGAAGACCUUGGACAUUGUUGGUGCCGGCAGUGGAGCUGUGUGGGUUAGAGAUGCUGAGAUAGAAGAGGGCAGAGGGAACUACGUAGGACAUAGGGAGCUGAGAGCGGUCUGCACGCCGGCUGAAGCCCGUGUGUUUGGUUUUCUGAAUGAUUGUUUGGCGUGGGAGAGAGGAGAAGCUUACAUUGAAUGCAUCUCCGUCUGUUGGUGGUUUAGGCUGUUGGUAUUUUUCAUGUCUCAUUGUCCACCAGAGAUCCGUCAUUGUGCGUGGGAUGCUAUGACCUACAAGCUGGUGGGAAAGAAAAGAGCGACGAGGGACUAGCUGUAUUGCUGCUCCUGUAGGUCGCCAACAGACACUGUGCUUAGGAUGUGGGACUAAGAUUUGUGGCGACUUUGGUGUCUUGCUGUUGGGGACUGUUAGAAGGGAGGCCCUGAAAUGGAGGGUGUCAUGGAGUUGGGCGUUGUGUUUAGUAAGGGGAUGGUGGACAUCGUUUGUAACGACGGUGGAUGAGUGUGUGUUUGUUAGUGAUGCUGAGAGAAGAGAGAGUGUGAUGGGGUGUGGGUGAUUGUGAUUGUCGGCGAUCCGCCUCAACGGUCCCUCGUUGUGAGGCUUAAACCACUGACGAAUAUGGAAGGGGAUUGAGGGAGGGGGGCAUUCAGCCCUCUCCCGAUGAGAUCUACGCUGGUUGGCUGGUCGAACCUCGUCUUUAGUAUGUAAUCUGGUUGAUUUAGAGUGAGGCUGCUUCGACUGCAUGCUAACGUGAUCUGUGGCACUCUCACGCAUUUGAUCUGUAUGCGGCGCACUGCCUUUUGUGUGAAGUUCUGGCGCUUUUGUUUCCUCUCGGGCUCAUAUAUGUGGCACCCUGAGACGAGGUCAUUAUCUAUGGCAAAUACUGCGGCAAUCGCCCUAACCAGACGACUACCUAUGAAUCCUUUGUGCCACCUGAAUUUUCUUAGUUGGUACCGCGUUAUCCGGUGUUUCCGCCUAUUGUAAGUUUCGAAUUAACUGCCUGCUUAAGAUGCUUGUGAAGAGGCCCCAGUUGUGUGGGGUAAGAUGUGUGUGUCGUCCCCUUUAGAACAAUUUGUGGUGAUUGUACGGGGACCGAGGACGACGGAAUUCCAGGGGGACUGAAUGAUGGACUUAACGCAAUAAAUAGCUGCUCCAGGCGAAGGGAGACACAUUCCGUGAACGGAUGAGGCACCAUCCGCAGAAUAUGUUCAGACACGGAGUGAAGCAUGAGCUCAAGCAGCAUGGAUCACAUUGCAAUGGCAGAAUUCUCUUGAUAGAAGACCAGUGGUCCAUGAAUAAUAACGUUUUAUUUGUAGUUAGCACGGAUUGGGCAAAGAGGUGAACUUGGAAGAAGGCCACGGUUUCUUUUACGCCACCCACAUUGAGAGGGGUAUUCUAUACUGGUGCGGAACCUGCGAACUAGCACCGUGCCUUAAACAUCGAUGGCAGCCAUAUAAGUCAUUGGCUACCUCCGCUUGGUAUAUGGCCGUGCAAGGGUGAUCUAUGCCAGCAAUCAUGAAGAGCCGUAAGCUUGAAGUGAGGUGAAGCUUCGCCUGGCUGCAGACUUGUGUCUUGUGGUUGAUUCCUUUCGUGGCACUGGAAGUACGUAGGACAUAGUGAGCAAAAAGUGGUUUGGACGCCGGCUGAAGCCCGUGUGUUUGGUUUUGCCAAUGAUUGCCUGGGUUGAGAUGGAGGAGGAGUUUACAUUCAUGCCAUCUUCCUCUGUUAGUGGUUUAGGCUGUUGGUAUUUUUCUUUCCUCAUUGUCCACCAGAGAUCCGUCAUUGUGCGUGGGGUGCUAUGACCUACAAGCUGAUGGGAAAGAAAAGAGCGACGAGGGACUAGUUGUAUUGCUGCACCUGUAGUUUGCCGACAGAUACUGUGCCUAGGAUGUGGUGGUAAGAGUUGUGGCGACGUUGACAUCUUGUUGUACUGCGAAUUUCGAGUUGGGGACUGUUAGAAUGGAGGGUGUCAUGGGGUUGGGUGUUGUGUUUAGUAGGGGGAUGGUGGUGCCUAAGGCACUGUCCCUGCCUGCUAUAGGGAAGGCAGACAGUGGACAUUGUUGGUGCCAAAGGUGGAUCUAUGUGGGGUAAAAACGCUGAGAGAGAGAAGAGAGUGAUGGGGUGUGGGUGAUUGCGAUCGUCGGCGAUCCGCCUCAACGGUCCCUCGUUGUGAGGCUUAAACUACUGACGAAUAUGGAAGGGAAUUGAGGGAGCGGGGCAUUCAGCCGAUGAGCCCUACACUGGUGGACUGGUCGAACCUCGUGUCUAGUGUGUAUUGCGGUGGAUUUAGAGUGAGGCUGCAUUGGCUCCUUGGUAGCAUUGCUUGUGACACUCACGCAUUGGAGCCGUAUGCUGCGCCCCGCCUUUUGUGUGUAGUGCUGGCACUUUUGUUUCGUUUCGAGGUCAUAUAUGUUGCACCGUCAGACGAGGUCACUAUCUAUGACGGACACUGCGCCAAUCCCCCUUACCAGACCACAACCGAUGAAUCCGUUGUGCCACCUGAAUUUCCUUGGUACCUCGUUAUCCGGUGUUUCCGCUUACUGUAGGUUUUGAAUCCUCUGCCCGUUUAAGAUGUUCGUUAAGACGCCCAAGUUGUGUGAGGUAGAAUGCGCGUGUCGUAGCCUUGAGAAUAAUUUGUGGUGAUUGAUUGUACGGGGACCGAGCAGGAUGGAAUUCUAGGGAGACUGAGUGAUGGACUUAGCGCAGUAAAUAGCUGCGUCAUGUGAAGGGAGACGCAUUCCGUGAACGGAUCAGGGACCAUCCGCAGAAUGCGUUCAGGCAUCGAUUGAAAUGUAAGCUCAAGCAGAAUGGAUCACAAUUCAAUGGCAGCACCCUCUUGAUAGAAGACCAGUGGUCCAUGAAUAAUUACGUUUUAUUUGUAGUUAGCACGAAUUGGGCAAAGCGGUGAUACUUCACCUGGCUGCAGAAUUGUGUCUUGUGGUUGAUUCCUUUCGUGGCACUGGAAGUACGUAGGACAUAGUGAGCAAAAAGUGGUUUGGACGCCGGCUGAAGCCCGUGUGCUUGGUUUUCCCAAUGAUUGUGUGGCGUGGGAGGGAGGAGGAGCCUACAUUUAUACCCUCUCCGUCUGUUAGUGGUUUAAGCUGUUGGAAUUUUUCGUGCCUCAUUGUCCACCAGAGAUCCGUCAUUGUGCGUGGGGUGUUAUGACCUACAAGCUGGUGGGAAAGAAAAGGGCGACGAGGGACUAGCUGUAUUGCUGCUCCUGCAGGUUGCCGACAUACACUAUGCUUAGGAUGUGGUGGUAUUAUUUGUGGCGACUUUGACGUCUCGUUGUACUGCGAAUUUCGAGCUGGGGACUGUUAGAAUGGAGGUUGUCGUGGGGUUGGAUGUUGUGUUUGGUAGCGGUUUGGGGGUGCCUAAGGCACCGUCCCUGCUUGCUAUGGGACAGGGAGGCGACGGUGCUGUGUGGGGUAGAGACGCUGAGAGAAGAGAGAGUUUGAUGGUGUGUGGGUGAUUGUGAUCGUCGGCGAUCCGCCUCAACGGUCCCUCGUUGUGAGGCUUAAACCACUGACGAAUAUGGAAGGGGAUUGAGGGAGUGCGGGGAAUUCAGCCUUCUCCCGAUGAGCCCUACACUGCUGUCUGCUUUGUGUGCCUUGCCGCUGCAUUCGUUUCCGUUUAUCAUAAUGUUGUGCCGACAAAGGCUAUCGCCGUGAUCAAGGCUUACCACCGCGUUAUUUCUGUCUCGCAGCUGUCUCUCCCAUGCGUUCGGUGAGAUUCAGGAGGUCCUGUUCCGGGUGAGUCCUAGUAGCCGUCUUUGAAGACCGGCUGGUUUGACAUACACCGCCAAGGGUUGUUUAUGAAGGUGCUGCACGGAUGCAUUAUAUGCGUAGUGAAGGAUUGUCGUGACUGCGGCCUCUUGUGCUUUGUCUGAUCUGAUGCAGGGACCUGUGAGCGCACAGUCGGCGUCGUUUUUUUUCCGCCGCGUUUUCUAACCUUUUUUGAGCGGGAUGCUCAAUUCCACCUUUUGUUUGUUGACUUUUCGGCCGCCUAUGCGUACAUUUUUGUGCUAUUUUAUCCCUGGCUAAGUAUGUCCUUCCGGUUCUUUUAAUGUCGUACUGUGUGCGAUUGCCGUUGCCGCGACCGUUGCGACAUUAUGGCCAUCUUAUGUUCCGAUUUGUAAAUGGACGUGUUACUUUCUAUGUUGUCUUUUUCCGCAUUUAUCCUAUAUGGCUAUUUUCAGCGUGAAAAUGACCCCUCACCGAUAUUUCCUCGUGUUCAAAAGCUUCCAUUUAUGUGCCCUCUCAAAUAGUUUAUUUACUGGCCGUUUCGGAUUUUCACUCGUACCCAUCAUGCGGAGAUGCAUAACCAGUCGUUCUCUCCUCCGCCCGCCCUGCCUCUCUCAUCGCAUUUUUUGUAUUGGGCAUCGCUCGGCUUUUUCGCUCCGACUCGCUAGGUCACGAUUGCGCCGUUCGUACUUGUUAGCUGGUUCUUUUCCUCAGCACCUGAUUCUAAUGCUUGACGUCUCAGACACAGUAGUUUAAGUCUCCGCAAUCGCCCCGACGCCGGCGGUUGGGGCCAUACUGUGUGAGGGAGUCGCGCUACAACCUAUCACCGUUUUAAGGGUAGCCGGCUUUCUAACCUGCGUUUUCCGUGACCUAUUGUCCACUCCACCGCUCCCUCCCCUCCCCUCGCCCCCCCCCCCCCUCCUGAGUGGGAAUUUCAGCACGACUCCACGGCAGAGCGACUGAUAAAUAAAUAAAUAAAUUUUUAUUUAAUGCCAGUUUACAGGCAUUGUCAAGGGAAGCGAUUAAACACAAAUCCGACCAGCAGUGAAAAAAAACUCCUGAGCUUAAGGGAUAAAAAUAUAGUUGAUGGUGGUUUUUGUGGUUUGGUGGGCUCAGGAGAAAAAACUGCCGGCGGUGGUAGAAUAUCGACCGUCAAGAAGGGGGGAGGUUGCACGGUAUCGGAGAUUAUCGGACGUCAAAUUCCUUUCAUGAGACUGAUGUGAUUAGCUGAUUCGCCAUUAUGUACAUCUUCUCUCCGCAGAAUAAAAACCACCCCCCCGCAAUAACUUGGUUAGACUAGAAAGCAAAUGAGGUUAUUUACAGUCCGGUCAGUUUCCCUGCGUUCGAUUACAAGAAAGUAGUGUCCGUUUCAUGCAUUUUCUUCAUUAUAUGUGUUCGCGUGUGCAUCGGAAAUGUCUAACAGUUUGAAUUAUGUGCAAACUGGGUUAGACGAAAGGGGUCAAUUUUAAAUUUUGCAUUUACAGCACACAAAGGUUUUACCUCAUCAUGGCGGGGUCCGACUGCAACAACUGCCUGAUAGCUCCGAAAUGCCUUCUUUUUCGGUCUCACGAUACCAGACCGCAUCGGGAAAAGUGGCAGUACGCUUUUUACUUGACCAAUCUAUCCCCCCCCCUGACAAAACGGACCGCGGAUAGGCGGAAACCGAAGGCCACCUCAUGCCAGAUAAUUUAUCACAGAAAGAGUCAUACUGGAACAAUCCAGUGCAUGCGGCUAUAUCAAUGUGCUGGGUAGCGCCGAAGGGGUGACUUACUGUAGCAAUGAAUUAAUAAGCUAAACAAGGCCUACUAAAAUAAAUGUAGUAGUUGAUUAUACACAUUUAACUCAGUGUUCCGCACUGUUCCGCUCUGUCUUGCCUCGAAAUGUCUUCUUUUUCAGUUUCAUGCUUUAUCCCUUGCCCAUGAUUCUAGCGCGCACUAGGACAAGUGACAGGAAGCUUUUUAUUUGACCAGUUUCUCCCCCCCUCCCUAAUGCGUGACAUCGCGAGCUGGCCUAAGUACCGCUUAUAGUCUGUUCUUACCCACCCUCGCCACCAGUCUAGUUUUACUUUUAGUUCCCGUUUGCUCUUUACCCUAGUUGCUGCAUCGAUGAGCUGGCCGGCGAGCGCUGGGGUGUUGACGCCAUUAUUCACUAUGGCAACGCCUGCCUCUCGGCCACCGUCGGUCGCGUACCCUUCCGGCACGUCUUCGGUCGUCCCGCCUGUCCGGCUCUACAGCACCUGCCCCGCAUCUGCCAUCAACUCGCCAGCCUUAUUUGUCCCCAGGACAAGGACAGUACCACCUCAGGUGUCCUCUUCGCCUGUGACUUCCGCUAUCAGGCUGCGGCCCGCCAGAUUGCGGAGGCUUUGGCUGCCGCGCUGACUCCGCACAGCGUUUGUGUGUGGCUGGGAGAACCGGCCACUGGCAGUGGUGGUGCGACGACAGGCUUGAUGCACGCGGGACGGCGCUUUUCGCCCUGCUGCGGAGCCUCCGCAGUCAGGGCGGCGUCUGAUCUGCCACCGACGACGGCGACGACGCUGGUCUACCUCGGCGCCUGUGAUGCCGCCUUCUACCGCGUCCUCGUGACCCUACGACAGGCCUACGCCAUCACCGCUCUGACGAUUGAUCCGCAGAGCGGCGAGGUUGCACCCGCAAAGAAGUCUGCAGCCGCCUUCCUACGUCGUCGCUAUCACCUCAUGGAGAAGGCCAAGGAGGCUAAACGUAUUGGCAUUCUUGUGCGUAGUUCUGGGGACACCUUCCCUCAUUUCUUCAUACAUGAGAAGCCUUAGAAUUCUCAUUUUCUGGGCGGCGGGCUGAUUGCCUUCUUGAGCGGACCUUCAUCCUCCUCGUUGCUAGAUUGAAUGCUCUAGGGAUAGUCAUUGUUAGCGUUCACGCGUUCCACCUCCAGAUAAGAUGACCGGCCUCUACACCUCUAAGGCCUUCAAGUCAAGGAAAUGCAGUACCAAAAUUGACUUGAACCGGUUUCUCCUUCAAGUGGGUUAAUCCUGGGGAUCGUGCAGGGGUAGAAUAACAUGAGGGUGCUUGAAGCCGGCUAGGUCAGAAGUCACAGCCGAUAAACUCGGGUCUGGCGUAGCCAUCCUCUCUCCCCCCGGCAGUUUUUUAGGCAGCAGGGGAAGGCCUUAGUACAACUGAGCUACGAGGCCCCACCUUCCCCUUGCUGUCGUGGGUUCGAAUCUGACCGAGCCACCGAGUUUUUCACAGUUGGGUCACUAAGAAUUAUUCAAAAUUCUGCCAGAUCAUAUUCUACUUACGUGACCCUGGUAGUCAUCUGGUGGAUUCUAGGUGGAUUGGCUAGGAAAUCCUGUUCGGACAGUCAGCUUACUGUAUUAGAUUGGGUGGGCUCCAGGCGUUGCAGUUUGUUGGGCGGGUAACUUAACCCAACUGUGACUUAAUUCACGUCCCCCGGUGGGUCCUCGUAGCUCAGGUGGCUAGAGUGUUAGCUUUACUAAAGCCUUUCCUUUGCUGUUGUAGGUUCGAAUCCAACCGAGGCGCCGAGCCUUUCACAGUUGGAUCAGUAUAUAGUAGGUGGACUAACUCAUGAAAUGUCAACCGAAAUUCCGAAAUGCGUUUUCGUUUUGAAAAGAUUGAUUAAGCGGGGUUAUAAAACCAGUCAUCGUGCAACAUAAUUUUAUAAUAAUUCAGUCACCUCAGAAUUUCAACUUUCAAACAAACUUCUUUUCAGCUGCAUGCAGGAACGACACUCAGUAAAAAUAGCUACUUAAGUAGCAUGCACUUUUCUCAUUGAUUUUCGAUGCCCUUAAAAAGUCACUUAUAUUCCAUGGAAAACAUGCAUAAAAAUUUUCAUUCCUUUUCUCAUUCGGUAGAAAAUUACGUCUUUCAAUUUUACAGUCGAAAGAAGGGUUUAAUUUGGUUUUAAAAAAGUUUCUAAUUGUGAGAUUUCUUAAUACUGUGAAAUGGCCGCUCAUAAAACGUCAUGUCUCUGCAUUUACUAGUGUUGCUUGCAAAUCCACUGCUAAAUUCUAUGAAUCCCAUAUGAUCUCCUCUGAAUGCCAUAGAGAAAUUUACGGUUUUCCGUACGCGGAAAAUAUCCGGCUUGUAGUUUGGAUACUCUGAGUGCAAGUGUAACGGCAGGUCGGGUUCAAAAUUAUUCGGGAACUGGAAAAGUUUUUUAAAACCAAAUUAAACCCUUCUUUCGAGCAUAAAAUUGAAAGACGACGUAAUUUUCUACCAAAUGGGAAAAGGAAUGAAUAUUUAUAUGCAUGUUUUCCAUGGAAUAUAACUGACUUUUUAAGGGCAUCGAAAAUCAAUGAGAAAAAUGCAUGCUACUUAAGUAGCCAUUUUUACUGAGUGUCGUUCCUGCGUGAAUAUGCUUGAUGCUGGCAAGACCAAGAAUCACAGCCGACACUCCCGGGUCUGGCUGUUUUUUUCAGGUUUUUAGGAAACCGGUGUUUCCUGACGUGAGCAAGGCUGCCGCUUUCUCGUUUAACUAGACCCUCCCUGACUUUUUGUUAUGCUAUGCAAACGAAGUCGGCGAAUUCACAGAUUCCUCUGCGAACUCAUCUGUUGUAGGCGUUCUUGUCAACGAGCUGGUGGCAGUAUAUUUGCCUGCUCUGAAUCAACUGUGUUUCAAACUACCGUGUUUGCGGUAUAUCCUUCCUAUUGAGUGGGCGCGUUUGCUUGCCACAAAAAACCCGUGUGACCAUGCCCUUCCGCCUGCACACUCACAGAGAUUCCGAUGGGCUUCGGAGUCAGUCCAUGUACCAACACACUUCUGAGAAUAUCUGAGUUUUGUCCCUCCUUCCUAAGUCGUCCUCUUUUUCUCCCGUUUUUCCUUAGAUUGGUACCUUAUCGACGCAGCGCUACACCGACGUGACUGCCAGGCUAAAGCGGCUUCUACAGGCCGCACACAAGUCUUACCUCACUCUGGUCGUUGGGCGCAUCAACGAGGCCAAGCUGUUGAAUAUCCCACAUCUGGGUGCUCUGGUUCUGAUAGCUUGCCCGGAGAGCAGUCUGUUUGACGAUCCCUCCAUCCCACUACCCAUUGUGACGCCCUACGAGUUGGAAUGCGCUCUUCACUCACUUCUCGCACCGGGGGACCCCGGGGAGGAAGAUGGCUGCUCGGGUCGUAUUUGGCAGGGUGAUCGUCUAUGGCUCGAUUUCGCUGACAUUCUGCCCGGUAAGGACUGUUUUUAGAAGAAAAGGCGGCGAGCCAACGUUGCUUUCGAUAACUUCUCGUCAGGCCAAUACAGUUACAUAGGGCGGGGUACAGUGAGUGAAACAAAAAUCGAUAAAAGUUAAGUUUUAAAUUACAGGCUCGGCAAGAGCGGAAGGGCGCCGAAAGUUGUAUGAGGUUAGUCAACCUUUGACCACAGUAAGCGCGGAGCCUGAACGUGGUUCUUCUGGGCGCAUAGGGUCGGUUUUCGUAACCUAAUUGCGACCACUUCUGCUGUUGCUAACAGGCGCUGGCCCAGUAGCUUCGGGUAGCUUGAGGGGACCUUGUAAAUCACACUAAAUGCUUCAGUGGGGUCCACACGAUGCCCCGAAUCCACUGCCUGUGCAAGCAUGACGCUGUCUAUUCUCCUAGUUUCACCUUUUGCCAGCCAUGCGGGAAAGUGCCCUCGUAUUCCUUUGGAAAGGCGCCGACUCGUACGACGAAUAUAACCUGCUCCACAGGAGCAAUUAAAUGAGUAGAUGCACAUUGAGGCGGUCUGAGGUGGCAGCCUAUCCUUGCCUUCUCCGCGUAAAAUAGGGUUAGUAGAGAAUAAUAUGAGAACCCUCGCUGCUGGGAAGGUUCCCGAGACAUCUUGGUCAAGGUGUAUUCUCAGGAGUUCACUUGCAGCGUCUCCUUGGAAGGGACUUUGAGUAACAACGUUUUCUUUUCGGCGGUUAGUGUGGUGGGUUUUGCGGGUCGUUCGGCAAGUUCUUUGCAAUGAACCUGUCAGGGUACCCAUUUUUGCGAAGUAAGUCUUGGAUUUUUCUAAGUUCCUCCUCGAUACUAUCUGUUGAACACAUUUUUCUAGCCCUUUGGGCCAAACACCUGACUAGAUUCCGAUUUUGUUGGAGGGGUACGAAACUAGCGAAGUUCGUGUAUUGUCUAGACCAGAUUUUCUUCCGAUAGACGCUCCUUCCGAUGCUAUCGUCAGAUCUGCUUAGAGGGAUAUCUAAGAAACGAAGCGAACCGGCCGAUUCCAUCUCCAACGUGAAUUUGAUCGACUGACUUGCUCGGUUUACAACAUUUAGGAGGGCAGCAACGUCGGUUUCUGUGAUUGCAAUCACAACCGUAAUGUUUAAGCUUUUUGAUCUGAUCGCUUAGUUGAAAUUUAUCCGGCUUGCCCAUAAAGGCGUCGGCUAAGAGAGGCCCAAAAGGCGAGCCUAUAGGGACGUCGUCUACUUGUCUAUAGAGUUGGUUGUCAAAAAGGAACUGCACAUUUACUGUGCACCUUAGUAAUAGUUCCUUGAGUGUGUUCGUCGGUAUUACUAUUUCUUGAUGACUGGCAGAUAGAAAAUCACAGAUGUAAUCCGUGAACCUGCCGGGUUUGUGCCCAAUUCUGCGGUCGCAAACUUGCCACCCGUCAAGUACCUGUGACCAUCCCGUCCUGAGAAUGGCUCAGGUUGUGUGAUGUCAGCCGGUUGUCGAGGCCCUUGCACGCAUAUCAUGCUUCUUUCUUCUGUAGGUGGUUCGUCUUACGUGCCGGAGGAGUCCAUCUGCGGAGACCAGGCGUCGGCCUCCGGCGACGACGUCCCCGAGCGUCAGUUUGGCGCAUUGUCGUUGACGAGUGGGACUAAUGCCGGUGGCGAUCUCUCACUUAUGCUCCGCGAUGAGGCCAACUGGUCUCUGGCUCUUGCCUGCGAGGAUCUCUCUGUGGCCUCCGGUUGCUGGCGUGGCCUGGAUCCCCGGUUGGGGGAGACAGAGGUGGCCCUGAUCCAGCCGGGUCGAUCGGGUCUGCCGGUAGAGUAUCGAACUGCUGAAAAAUGA